UGUGAAUUUGUGGCACUCAGUUUUCUCUGCUCCAACUCACUCCAUAUAGCCUUUCAUCCAACUCCUUAUCCCUCACCAAUUUUCUUCUUCUUCUUCUUCUUCUUCUUCAACCCAAAUCCAUGGAGUCCCAAUACAUUCAGAGGCACCACAGCCACAAUCCCACAGAUAACCAGUGCUCCUCCGCCAUUUUCAAGCACAUCAAAGCUCCCGUUCACCUCGUAUGGUCUUUGGUUAGGAGCUUCGAUCGCCCACAGAGGUACAAGCCUUUUGUUAGUCGGUGUGUGGUGAGAGGAGAUAGCCUUGGAAUUGGGAGUCUUAGAGAAGUUGAUGUUAAAUCUGGGCUUCCUGCUACUACCAGCACUGAGAGAUUGGAGCUUCUUGAUGAUGAUGAACAUAUACUUGGUGUCAAGAUUGUUGGUGGUGAUCACAGGCUCAGGAACUACUCUUCGAUCAUCACUGUCCAUCCCGAAGUUAUCGAUGGAAGACCGGGGACACUGGUGGUCGAGUCAUUUAUUGUGGAUGUGCCUGAGGGGAACACCAAGGAGGAGACGUGUUUCUUUGUCCAUUCCCUUAUAAACUGCAACCUCAAAUCACUGGCUGAUGUCUCCGAGAGGAUGGCCGUGCUGCAGGAUGCAGUCAAACCGAUUCAUCCAUACCGGGUAUAGCCAGAACAGGUGUACAACCAGAGCAAAGGAAGCGUUUUCUAUAGAUUUUUCUACGUCGCUGCAGAUUUGCCAUCUCAUUGGAGACUCACCCAGUAUCCUCUUCUGAUUUUGUUUUCAUAUAUUUUCUGAAUGUGCUAGGAUGGUGUCUUAUGUUGAUACUCUUUGUUUCAGCAUUGUCCCUUUGGAUCUAUGGAACUCCUCAAAACUGGGAAAUGUGGAGUUCUUUUUUUUGCUUUCAUUUGUUAUAUAUGUAUUGUAGUAUAGAGAUGCUUUGAUCCGUGUGUGGAUACUUGAGGUGUUAUGUAUAUAAUAUGAACUUUGAGAUGGUAUGACAAUCACUCUGUUUUUACUUUU